AUGUUCCAAAGGCUCAAUGUAUCCCGGCGUCAAUGGACCCGUGCUUUGGCCUCUGCUAAACUACCGCCUAAGGAUGCUACGCUAGCCAAGUUUUCCUUUCCUUCAGCCACUCACAAUGUUCGUGACUUGGUAGCAAGCGGCGACAGCUGGACACAUUGUCCAGUGACUCUUCAUGGCCAUCUUCACCGAAAACCUAGAAAAUUGGGCAAACGUACGUUUGCUGAGCUUAGAGACACUCAGGGUGACAUUAUCCAGCUUCACUUGUCGCCUGAAUGGACGAAUCUGGAAUAUAUGGAGUUGAUCCGCAGAUCUGGUACGGAAGAUUCAUUGGCUGUGAAUGGUCUUUUGCGGAGAAAAGUCACUAAAAACGCAGAUGAUCCUCCAGAAUAUGAGAUCUCGGUAUCUGAACUUCAAAUUUUGAACGAAGGCGGUGUUGAUGCCGCUCAGUUGGAUAACUUGAAGCACACAAGCCCAGCGACUAUCCCUCCAAAGUUCAGGUACUUGCAAUUGCGUACACCUUUCUACCAGAACGCAUUGAGGACAAGAUCAAAAGCUGCUCAUUGGGCCAGAAAGGUCUUGGUGGAGAACCAUGGUUUCACAGAGAUUGAAACUCCUGCUCUUUUCAAGUCCACACCGGAGGGUGCAAGAGAGUUCUUGGUUCCUACCAGAUCUCCCGACCGUUUCUACGCAUUGCCUCAAUCUCCUCAGCAAUAUAAGCAGAUGCUCAUGAGUUCUGGUUUUACCAAGUACUUCCAGAUUGCCAGAUGCUUCAGAGAUGAGGAUCUUAGAGCUGAUAGGCAGCCAGAAUUCACCCAGAUCGAUUUGGAAAUGGCUUUCGUAAAUCAUAGCAAGAAAGUACAUGCCGUGAUCGACGAUAUUAUAGAGACUGUAUGGCUGAAAGUGGCCAACAAACCCAUCUACAAGUUGGAUGCAGACGGAAGUAUCGUGCCUGUAAAGGCAAAUCGCCAUAGAGAUACUGUCCCUGCUUUCACCAAAUUGACGUAUCAAGAAGCUUUGCGUAAGUAUGGUAUUGAUAAGCCAGAUCUUCGUUCGGCGCUCGAGUUCGUUAAUCUUUCUGAAUUCCUUCGGCCUGUCAACAAUGCUGAAGAUUUCGGGGUGGUAGAAGCUUGCGUUUUGAAGGGCGUUUUUGAUCCAUCAAAGAAGUACAAGGUGAGUAACGCACUCAAUGAUCCAGAGGCGUACCCACGUCGAAAGCCAAUCAUUUUACCUAUUCAAUCGGAGGAUGACGCUCUUACUUGGUGGAAGAAGUUCGUCGAAAAGGAUGUUUUGACUCAAACUGGCGACUUCUCCCAACUAAAGGUACUCAAAGCGCUUAACUUGGAGCCUGGUGAUGUUCUUGCCUUCUCAACAAGGGCAGAGCUCAGUUACGAAAAUCCUACACCUUUGGGUAAGUUCCGUCAGCUUGCUAUUGAAGAAUUCCCUGGUAGAUGGAACAGGCCAUUGAAGCCAAGCCAGGGAGAGGAAAUCACAACAGACUACGACCCAAAGGAUAUUUUUGUUGGUACCUGGGUGAUUGACUUUCCUCUUUUCAGCCCUGUGGAGGUGACAGAAAACCCUUCAGAUCCAUUCCCAAAGUAUAGCACGGACAGAUGGGAAGCUACGCAUCACCCAUUUACCAUGGCUAAAAUCGAAGACUACGACUUUUUGGAGAGCGAUAUUGCCAAAGUAAGAGGUGAACACUAUGACCUCGUGAUAAAUGGCGUUGAGGUAGGCGGUGGCUCAAGAAGAAUCCAUGACGCUGAACUACAGCAAUACAUCUUCGAGUCAAUUUUGAAGAUCAACAAUUACGAAGAACGUUUCGGACAUUUGCUCAAAGCGCUUAGCAUGGGCUGUCCUCCCCAUGCUGGUAUAGCAUUGGGUUUCGAUAGACUCUCAGCCAUGCUUAUCGGCAGUAAUAGCAUCAGAGAUGUCAUUGCAUUCCCUAAGAACCAAUCUGGCUCUGACCCUGUUGUGGACAGUCCCACAAGUGUUGAUAGUGCUACACUCAACGAGUACUACAUCGAUAAAUUAGACCUGUAA